AUGUCCAACACUUCGACACCCCCCGUCUUUGCCAACACCAUUCUGGUGCCACACGAGGCAGGCCAGGCUCCUACUCUACAGACCGUCGGGGCCACGGACCAGGCGCGUAAGAAGCGGCCCCAUUUCAAAAGUCGGCGAGGGUGCGUGGCAUGCAAGCGCCGGAAGGUCAAGUGUGAUGAGCGCCUUCCGUGCUCCAGCUGCGUUAAGCGCAACAUCCAAUGUUUACCGCCGUCCCAUCUUUAUAUCCUUGGCCCAAGACUCUCAACGCACAGCGCCCAUUUCGAGAUAGAUAUGAAUCCCCAUAUCAGCCUCUUGCACCUCGAGUUAUUCCAUCACUGGGAUAAGGAAACUCGUUCAACGCUCGCGUUUCCCCAAGUCUGGCCCGUCGUCAUGCAACGGGCCUUCCAUGAAGGGUUUAUCAUGUCUGCCAUCUUAUGUGUCGCCGCUAUGCAUCUCACAACACUCUGUCCAGAUAGCACCAAAUACUUGCACGCUUCGAUGCAGCUGAUGGACAAGGCGGUUCGACUAUUUCGCAAGAACCUAUCGCACCCCUUCACAAGAGAUAACUGCGAGGCGCUGAUGGGAACAGCACUUCUCAUCAACUACAUAUCCUGGUUUGACCUCGGCUUUCUCGAUGGUAUGAAAACCGCCGGCUCCGCGGCCAGGCUCGAUCUCGCCCAGGACCAGUUAUUCUUCCUCAGUCCAGGUAUCUUUCAGCUGUGGUUUCAGGCCAUGCCUAUCUUCAUCGACGAGGGAAGCGUCUUCACCCAACUGACUCGUCAACAUCCGAGGCUAAACAUUGAAGAAGCUCUAGUCAGAAGAGGUGAAAACCCAGCCCGCUUCGUGGAGCCUUUUAUGAGAAUCUGGUAUGAUCCACGCUAUCAGACUUCAGGUUACACAGCUAUUGAAGCGGCAGCUGGAUCUGUAUCCUACGCUCGGCGUCUUCUUCUUGGGUUGGAGACAGAACUGUCAUGUCGUAAGCCCUUACCAUCCACAGCAGCAGUGUCGAAAGGACAUGAUGAAAAGAAAAAAACUGGUCCACCUUAG